GUUUCCAUGAACUGAAGGUUAAGGUUGCCACCAACAAAAAGUAAAAGCCACUUUGGGCAUCCGCAUCGUAGUUCAAGCUUCUGUAAUCUUUCUCUCACAUUCUUUAAAUCGUUGUCAUCUUCAUUUUCUUCAUCAUUGAUGAGAAAUGACAGCCAAUAUUGUAUUUUACACUUGCUUGCGGGGUUGUUUUUUCUCUCAACCAAAAAGAUAUUUUGAAUAGUUAAAAGUUUCACCUGCCUUUGCAAGUUUUGGACUCUUUAUGUCGUGAUCACACAGUCACACACACAACACAACACAAAGGAGAACAAAAAGCAGAAGGAGCUGUGGGAAGCAGAACAAAACAAGUGGAGGCGCAUCAAAGAACUCAAGCUGUAACCAAAAAGAAAUCCAAUUGCCUUUGCUCUCUUCUCUACGCUGGACCAAAGCUCAGUAUGUGUAGGUAUAUGCACAUUGUGUAGAUAUGGCUAAAUGUUGCUGACAAUCUUGCAAUACUAAACUGUUCCUAUUUUAAGAGAAAGAAAAUCACAAACUGUUCAUCAAUGUUUUACCUCAGCACUCUACUUGUACCCAGUUAAUGAUCAAGCAUAAAAACAAUGGCGAAAAAGGAAAUUGAUUUUUAUUUCCAUGUCUGACUGUAAAAUCUGUUUGGAAGAUAUUUUGUAAUGAGCUUUUUGUCAUGUGAUUUGCUUGCCUUCAAACUGACAUUAUGUGAGGCACAUUGGCUUAUUCGUUGUUGAAAAGUGAUUUUUUUUAAGCUUUCUUUUUCAUGAUUUUGUCCUCUGUGCUGUGAUCUAGACUGGUCACCAGGGUCACUUAAUGAGGCACUGCGAAGAAAUCUGCUUCUCCAUGCCUGGAGCAGGCAGCAGGAGAGAGGGCAGGAAAAGACUGGGUUGUUCUGGAAAAAAUAAAAUCAUCAUGACGAGAUAAUGACAUGAUAGACUUGUGACCAAGAAGCCAAACUGGAUAUUGAAAAGCUCCUUACUUGUUCUAACAUUGAAACCAAAGCUGACUUAUCUGCACAGGUUGCUUAAUGUUUAAAAAUAAAAACUGUACUUAAUCUAGAGCAAUAUCUGUAUGGUUGGUAAAGCUGCACUUUGUGUAUUUCUUAACAGCUUCAGA